AUGGACACCUACAACUGGAUUUAUCGACGACAACUUACAUUUAGUAACAUGCCAGGCAAAAGCCAGUUCACCAAACAAGAUGACCGAUUAAGUGUAAACCUCAAGAAGAGAGACGCUAGACAGAUGCUGGAGAUGGAUAAUCUAGAUGCUGCCUUGCUGUUGACAACAAUACUCAGAUAUAAGUUACCUACACAAGAGAAAGAAAGAUAA